CCGUUCUCACGCACAUGAACAAGGAAGAAUGAUUGAUCUCUGCGUCCCUGUGUCUUUGGAAAUCAGUUUAGGUUUGCUCUCACAAAUAAUCCAAAACAGAGCUACAAAAAGUACCAGGCGCAACCUAUCCAAGCUCAAGCUACAAUCUUAACCAGUAAUCAUGGCCAUUGAAUCUGCACCCAUCACUUUCAAGUACCUUGCCUUACCCAAUGCAUUGGGGGGGCGAGGUGGAGCUCAACGUUUCUUUCUGCUGGCCAACAACAUCCCCUUCAAAGAAAGCUUGGUGGAAAUGUCUGAUUGGGGUGCCUCAGAAAAGGCCCGUGUUGUCUCUUCCAAUGAGAAUCCUUGUGGAACUGUGCCCAUCUUGUACACCAGUGAUAUAAGUGGCAAGGAUGCCCAAUUGAUUCAGCAUGUUGCUUCAGCUCGCUACUUGGCCCACCUCCAUGGCCUUACCAAGGACAAUGCUGCCUAUGACGAAUAUGUGCAAGAUUUGGUUGCAGAUGAGUACCAGGGAUUCCGUGAUGCCUGGGUCAACACAGCCUUUUCGGGCACUGAUGAAGAGAAGAACAAGUACAAGAUUGAAGCUGCCCCAAAGCUUUUGGCAACUUUUGAUGCCUUGUAUGCAAAGUACAAGACUCAUGACAUGUAUCUCAGUGUCAGCAAGUCCAAUAAUAGUCCGCUUUGGGCUGAUGCUGCUUUGUUUGGAUUGUUGCGCGACAAUAUCAUUACUGGAUUGAUUGCUGCCAAUGACUUGGAAAAAUCUUACCCCCAUUUGUGGGCCAUGUAUGCUGCGUUUGGAGAGAUCCCAGCUGUCAAAGCUUGGAUUGAUAUCGAAGAGUCCUCCAUAUGGUGCUAAGCAGCUACUAGCAAGCAAGACAUGACAAGUAACUUGUGCCGAAACAACAAGAAAGCCACUGUGAGAAUGUGAAAGUCAGAGAAACUGUGUGAUGUUGACACAAGCAAGAAUACUUACUACUAAACUAGCUGGUAGCAAGAGAGAAGCAAUUCUAGCAUUCCUUUCAAUACUCUUCUAGC